AUGCGUCAGACAAAUGGCAUUCGUUCAUAUCAAAUAGUUAAUGAUGGAACAGAUGAUCAAUUUAUUCUAUAUGGAUAUUCUCGAUCGGUAACACGAACAGUUGUAACAUGGAUAUUUAUUGUUUUAACUGUGGGAUUUUUACGUCUCGUAUUCUAUUGGAAACCUCAUUGGUUUCUUCGAUGUUGUUGCACUCGAGCUGAUUUAGCAGUUGCUCAAUAUGUACUACUCAAAGAUCGAUAUAAGCAAUGGUAUGUAGAAAAAGUACUCAAAAUUGAUCCUAAUCAAAAUCCAAAUGAUCCAAAUGAUCCUCGAAAUUUUAUUCCGACGAAUCAUUCACGAUAUGAUAAUUUUUCUGAAACGCAAGAAGCUGAUAACAGAAACGUUCAUCGAUAUUUUAUUAAUAAACGAUGGCGUUAUGUUUGGCAAGAAGCUGAAUAUAAAUUUACUAAAUUACUAGGUGUUGAAAAUAAUGUGAAAUGUGAUUAUUUCUGUCAGAUUCGUCCAUUAACAGUCGAAGAACGUGCACAAAAAAAAAUAAUUUAUGGUGAGAAUAGCAUUGGUCUUCGUCUUACUCCUAUAUUACGUCUACUCAUACAAGAAGUUGUGUCACCAUUCUAUAUUUUUCAAUUAUUUUCUUGUAUUUCAUGGUUUGCUGAUGAAUAUGUUACUUACGCAUCGUGUAUUGUUUUUAUUACUGUUAUUUCGGUUAUAUUAACUUUGCGUGAAGUUCGAAAGAAUGAACGAGCUCUACGUGAUACAGUUCAUCAGUCUGAAGUAAAUACUGUUGUUAUAUUUAAUCCCGAAACAAAUGAAGAAGAACAACGUGAUAUAAUUAGUGAAGAUCUUGUUCCAGGUGAUGUUAUUAUAAUUCGUGGAUCAUCAACUAUGCAAUGUGAUGCUGUUCUAUUAAAUGGUAAUGUUAUUGUAAAUGAAUCAAUGUUAACAGGUGAAAGUAUACCUGUAACAAAAGUACAAAUUCCAUAUUAUCAAGCAUCAUCUGAUCAUCCUGCACUUAAUCAACCAUUUGAUGUUCAUGAACAUAAUCGAUUUAUAUUAUUUAGUGGUACAUCUGUUAUACAAACACGUUAUUAUGGUGCAGGUGAUGUAAGAGGUGUAGUUAUUCGAACAGCAUUUAGUACAGCUAAAGGUGAACUUGUACGAUCAAUUCUUUAUCCAAAACCGGUUGAUUUUAAAUUUAAUACGGAUACAUAUAAAUAUGUAGGUGGAAUGGCAUUAAUUGCUCUAUGUGGAAUGAUCUAUUCAAUGAUAUUACGAAUAAUACGUAAAGAAACAGCUGGUGUAAUUAUUAAACGUACUAUUGAUGUCAUUACAAUUGCUGUACCACCUGCUCUUCCUGCUGCUCUAUCAGCUGGUCUUGUCUAUGCUCAAAAUCGUCUGAAAACGAGAAAUAUUUUUUGUAUUAGUCCUCGUUCGAUUAAUAUAUGUGGUUCAAUUAAUACUGUAGUAUUUGACAAAACAGGUACAUUAACUGAAGAUGGACUUGAUCUUCAAUGUGUAUUACCUAUUGUUCAUACGUAUAAUGCAAUAAAUGAUAAUCAACAAAUUGAAUUUGGUUCUCAAACAACGGAAGUUACAGAUUUGAAUUGGCGAGAUGAAGAAGCUCAUAGUAUGAUUAUUGUUUGUAUGGCAGCAUGUCAUACAUUAACAAGAAUCAAUGGUGAACUUGCUGGUGAUCCACUUGAUCUAAAAAUGCUUGCAUUUACUCAAUAUGAAUUAUAUGAACCCGCUGAAAAUGAACAAGCAAAUUUUGAUAUGCUUUUUCCAACAAUUGUACGACCAAUAAAUCCACCAACAAAUGUAUCACCACCAUCGAAUCGUCUUUCAGGUUCGGUUAGCUCACUUAUUGCUGGAAAUAUUCCAUUUGAAAUUGGUAUUGUUCGACAAUUACCAUUUAGUUCAUCACUUCAACGAACAAGUGUUAUUGUUCGAAUACUUGCGAAAGAUUCUUUUGAUCUAUUAACAAAAGGUUCACCAGAAAAAAUUGCUGAACUUUCAAGACCUGAAACUAUUCCAAAAAAUUUCAAUGAAAUACUUUCAUCAUAUGCUACACAAGGUUUUCGAGUAUUGGCACUUGCUUAUAAACCAUUAGAAUUAAAUUAUGUUAAAAUUCAAAGAAUUGAACGAGAAAAAAUUGAAUUCAAUCUUAUCUUUCUUGGUCUUGUGGUUAUGGAAAAUCGUCUUAAACCACAAACUGAAGGAGUGUUAAAAAUUCUUUCAAAUGCUAAUAUUCGAACAAUAAUGUGUACCGGUGACAAUAUGUUAACUGCAUUAAGUGUUGCUCGUGAUUGUGAUAUGAUACCUGAUGAUGCUAAAAUAAUUGCUAUUGAAGCAACUGAACAAAAUCCUACACCAAUAUUUACUUAUGCUCAAGUUUAUAAUCGAAGAGUGAAAGAAGUUCGCUAUGAUCUAAAUUCUCAACGAUUAAUUGAACUUGAUCGUCGUACACCAUAUCAUUUUGCUAUAUCCGGUAAAUCAUUUCAAGUUGUUCGUGAUAAACAUCCAGAAUUAUUACGUCGAUUAUGUGUACGUGGUACAGUUUUUGCAAGAAUGUUACCAGAACAAAAACAACAAUUAAUUGAAACUCUUCAAGAACUUGGGUAA